CCAAAACUGUAUCCUACAUUAUAUCGAUAACCAUACAUGGAUGAAAAAUCUCUGGCCAAAAAAAUGGUGAAACCAUCCCGAUUUCAAGAUGGAUGAUCUUCAUCAUGGGACCGAUCCUUUUAACGGAUUGGAUGUCCUACACGUGUGAACAUAUGGCUGGAAGAAAGGGCGGAGAAGGGAAGCGUAAGGCACGCUGUGAAGUACUGGAUACCCUGAGAUCGCCUCAUGUCCGUACGAGGGAGAGGAGUUGACGGCGAUUUUUCUCACUCACCUUUUUCUUUUUUUUUUUCCGUUUCUUCCAUUGACGAGACUUCGAAACCCCUCUUUUUCAAAUCUAUCUCUCUCUCUCUGCCGAGAAUCUGACACACGCUCGCCGUUGGCAAUUCGAACGCCGGAUUCUGACGCAAACGUCAUGGGAAUUCUCGAGCCUGCUAUAAACUCCGCUUCCGUCGCUUAUAAGCGAAGAAAUCCAAAACCCUAGCAUUUCCUACCUUUUCUUCUCCUCGCCGGAAUUAUGUUUCUUUCCUGACGCAACCGCCGGAAAACCUAGAACUCGAUCUCUCUCAAACUCCAUAGGAUCGAGGUCGUCAGAUUCCCGGCGAUGGACGACGACAAGAAAUCCAGAUCGGGAGCGAACUUCUCCGGUGACUCCUCGUGGUCGUUCUCCGACGCAGGCAGCUCCUCCGGCUACUUCUUUGACGAUCGGGAGAGCAGCAUCCUUAGCGAAUUCGGAUGGAAUCUGCCGCAGAAGAUCGAAAGCCGGGAUUGCGAGAACGGCAGCAGUUUUCCACCGCUCGAUCUGGAGGAGGGUUCCGAUCCGGUGGGAAGCUUCGGGGUGCCGGGAAACACGGGCUUGGCCGGUUUUCCGGCGGUGGCGACGCCAUCGGUGGAGAGAUCCGGCGACGCGAAUCCGUCGGUGUCGUCAAGCUCGAGCGAGGAGGCGCCGGGAAAACCGCCGGGAUCUGACGGGAAACCACCGUCCGAGAAACCGAUUAAAAGCCGGAAGAAAGGGCAAAAGCGAAGCCGCCUGCCACGGUUUGCUUUCAUGACUAAGAGUGAAGUCGAUCAUCUGGAAGAUGGCUAUAGGUGGCGAAAGUAUGGACAGAAAGCAGUAAAAAACAGUCCAUUCCCAAGAAAUGCAAGAGGCAAGAAAAGGAGAAAGAAGGGAGAAUGUGAGCAAAAACUAGAUCUAUUCAAACCCAAAGAAUGGAAUCUCAUCCAUCUAUUCUGCAGGAGCUACUAUCGUUGUACCAACAGCAAAUGCUCGGUAAAGAAAAGAGUGGAACGCUCCUCUGAAGACCCCACCAUUGUCAUCACCACAUACGAAGGCCAGCACUGCCACCACACUGUCAGCUUCUCCCGUGGGGGCGCCAUUGCUCAUGAGGCUGCCGAACGGCUGGCCUCUUCAACCCUGCAGCUACACUACCCGUCGCUGCAAUUCCAUUCGGUGGGCACUCAACAGAGCGCUGGGCCACUACACUGGCCCCCAAUUGAAGCAGCGGGGCAUGCAAGAUCACAGGCAUCACAGCAGCUUCCAACCGAUGAAGGACUACUGGAUGAUAUGGUGCCUGCCGGAAUGCGCAGCAGAUGAGGGGAGCAGAAGAUGGUUUUUAUAGACAGACCAUUUUCUUGGCCAUGCAAUAGAGUAUUUGGCGUAGAUCACGGACGUUGAUCAUGAUGGCUAUACCUUUCCCAGCAGUUUUUUUAAAUUAUUAUUUUCAAUCCUUGUUGGAGGUGAUCGACAUCAUGAUCAUGGAUCACGGAAGUACAUGAUGGGGAAGCAUGCAGCAAUGUUUAUGAUCGGGCCUAUUUGGAUGGCCCACCAAGUAGGUGAUCAGAUGUUCCUCUUGAUUUGUGGGGACAUGUGAUCAAGCCCUCUAUACGUUCAGCUCAGUUUAUUUCAAUAUAGUAGAGCCACAAAAUUGGAUAUUUUGGGGUUAUGAUUUACUUGUAAAUAUGGAUUUCGGAGGGGUUUUGCCAGUCUUCUAUACAUGCAUCAUUAUUAUUGCUC